AUGAUCAAUAGCUGCCACCCCGUCCUAUACGAAGCAUGGAUGAAAUCGCGCUACGCCACACUGGAGAUAGUGAAGCGAGACAAGGAGAUGAAAAGCGAUCCGCAUGUCGCGAUCCACGUCAAGAAGGUGGAAAUUCAUCCGUGGUUGGUACAACCUCGUACCAAAUCGCCUCGCAGUCGCACAGAAAACUUUAUCGUCCAAUUCCUUGAACUCCUAGAUCCAUAUUAUACGAAGAAGAAAGCCGACCAACGUCUCCAGAAGCGACUGAACAAGGACCUCAUCAGGAUUAAUGCCGCAUUCAAACAAAUGACGCAGGUAGCAGAAUACGCGAUUGAUUGGGAUGACUCUCUUGGAUAUCAUCCUGAGCUCUAUACCGCAUUUUUGGCCCCAGUUCUGGAAUCCUGGUCAAGCCAUUUGGUAAAGCUCACUCUCAAGGUCCCUCCCUCCAUGCUCAACUCGCUCGCCCGAGUACGCCUUCCCAAAUUGGACACUUUUGCAUUUCAUUUCAGCACGGGAUCCCUUUCGUUCAGAGAAAUCAACGGUCUUUACGAUGGCUUUGUUGUCUUUCUCAAUAAUCUGAAGGACUCGUUAUCUUCCCUCACUUUUCUCUCCACCCAUUCCUCCCAGGAAUUGGACGUCAGCCGCGUAUUUCGGAAAAUGGGGCGAUUUCCGUUGCUAAAAAAAGUCUGCCUCUCCAUUCCGUUUGACGGGGGCCAUCUUUCCGACCCCAACACGUUUGUUCACUUCUUGAAGAGACACCGUGCAACGCUGAACGAACUUGAUUUGUUCUCCAGCCGAUGCACUCCUCGCACCAAAGCAGGAGACCCCGAUCUCAUCAACUGGAUUCAAAGGAUUUUAAAUUCUAUCCACACCCCUUUCCCUCAACUUCGCCGCAUUGGAAUGUCGCUCCGUCCCUUACGUGCUCCAUUGGAUACUUUCAUUAGGUUCAUCGAUAUGCACAGCUCGACGCUCGAUUCGUUGACGUUGACAGACCGUGUAUUAUCUUACAGUGAAGUUUGGGAUGUUCUUCGCUCUUCCAGCAUCACCGCCAGUCUCCAACAAUCUAGCAUCACUGACUUAAACAUGAGACUAUACACAUUCUCUGUCCAGCUCAUUGUCGACUUCGCGUUUCUAUUGCCUAGUUUGAAGACUCUCAAGAUAGACUGUAUGAGAAUAUCAGCGGAUCGCGGUGAAUCCGAAAUCUCUCAUAUCUUGCUUCAGAACCAAGAGGUUCUCGCUUCAUGGCGGCUUCAACGACUAAUGCUUCAAAUACCCGACUGCCACUUGUCUUUGGCUGAACGGAUUAAGCAAGAUAUCUGUGUCUACUUGUCCGACCUCAGUGUCACUAUCAAUCGUUCAUAG